AGAAGAAGAGGGAAGCGGCGCAUACGUCAUUCAUGUACGGUCCGUAGGCUGGAAACAGAAAUGGCGGGUUCCAUAAACUACUGUCCGCACCGGGACUGAGCAAGUAACGGCGGUGCUUGCGAUGUCGAAGAUUGGAAUAACGUUACAGUUCCUCUGCACAAUACGUGUUUAAUCUUAACUAACGUUACAUCCCGACACAUGGCGAGUAGCGACGUCCCUAGUUCCCUAGUUCCUCGUGUUUUUUGUUUUGUAAUGCUAAACGCAGAAGCGUCAUCACCGAUAUGAAGGCAGUGUUUUACACUGAAAGAACCUUCAUCAUCAAUUAACGUUAACUUUCCGGGGCGUCCAGAUGAGCCUCAGACAAUGUCAGUCAACGGAAGAGUGAUCCCCAACACCCCGCUGGCCGUGGACUUCUGGCACGUGCGGAAGUGUCCCGGCACGCGGCUGUUUUUCCUGUCCCACAUGCACAGCGACCACACGGUGGGUUUGACCUCCACGUGGAGCAACCGGCCCAUCUACUGCUCCCCGACCACCGCCGCUCUGCUCAGACUCAAGCUGCAGGUGAAAGAAAUGUGGAUCCAUCCGUUAGAGCUGGAUGGUCCUUGCCUGUUGCCACUUGAUGACAUCGGCAAGGAGCGACUAACAGUCACACUGAUAGACGCCAACCACUGUCCAGGGGCUGUCAUGUUUCUCUUCGAAGGAUACUUUGGCUCUAUACUUUACACCGGUGACUUCAGAUAUACUCCCUCCAUGUUGCGUGAGCCGUGUCUGUGGGCCAACACCACAAUAGAUGUCCUGUACCUGGACAACACCAACUGUGAUCCCAACCGCCCCCUCCCCUCCAGACAGCGAGCCACUCAGCAAAUCAAGGAGAUCAUCCGCAGAUACCCCGACCACAAUGUUGUCAUAGGCCUCUAUACACUUGGAAAGGAAACCCUGCUGGUGGAGCUGGCCAUGGAGUUUAAAAGCUGGAUCGAGGUGAGCGUUGAGAGGAUGGAGACCCUCAAAGUGCUGGAGCUGCCUGACGUCUUCACCACUGAGCCAGGAGCCGGCCGUUUCCGAGUCGUAGAGCAGUCCCAGAUCUGCUCUGCCACUUUACAGCAGUGGAACAGAGGACAGCCUACCUUGGCCAUCAUUCCCACCAGCAGGCCCCAGGUGUUUUUUCACCCCAAUGUCCAUGUGGUGCCGUACUCCGACCACUCCUCUUUCCAAGAGCUGGAGGAUUUUGUCUCUGCACUUAAACCGACAUCCCUCGUACCCAUUGUAGGAAACUACGUACCCGUAGGUUUCUCUGCCUUACUGCCCGGCAGAAAGCGCCAAGACAUCCUGGUGCCUGAGUCCGUCCGACACUACAUGUUGAGGCAGACCGAGGGCCAACUCGGCUCCUCCUCUUCCUCCUGGGACAACCAUCGCGGGAAACGUUCACAAGGUUUUGUUCCCACAGGGGUGAUAUUUGAAACUCCUGAAAAGGAAUCCGGAAAAUCGUGCGGAGAGGCAGAGUGCACGGAGCAGGGCGCUUCUGAGGGAGAGGUCGACACAGAAAGUAGUGAAGAGGACUCUGACUGCAUCUUUGUUGACGUGAGCAAGGACCUCACCCCUAACAAAAACCGAAGAGGGACUAGAGAUAUGUGGAGGCUCAACAUCAUCCAAAGAGUGUCUGAGGAUGCGGUGAUGGCUGAGACGGUGCCCUUCAGUCAACUCAGCCAGAGCAACUUUGCUCCAAUGAAGAUCCUGAGAAACACCAAGCCCUGCUUGAUGUCGGUCAGAAGGACAAGAGGGUCUAUUGAAACCAAUGCCGAAAUGUUGAACAACACAACUUCAAAGGAAAAUGACAGCGGCCAGUGUAGCAGAUAUGGUGAUGUUCAUAACCAACACGUGCUGUCAGUGAGUGGCGGGAUGAGUGGGCACAGUGCACAGGGAUAUGAUCAGAUCAGCGACGCAAUGUCAAAUGAGCAAAUAAACAACACCGGGACAACAUUGCAGCACAGCCUCGAUAAAUAUUCCUGCUUUUCAUCGGACUCGCAGACCGAUGUCAACCAGGAGUACAUGGAGGAGCUUGAAAGCAGUAUUUUGAAGGCGCUGUGCUUCACCGAGGAGGACGUGAAGAUGUGCGGCCUCUUGCAGCAGAGCUAUGUGCAACAGUUUUCUCUCUCUCCUCUCUGAUGCCCCAGAGGAUUAACCUUAAAAAUAAUAUGACCUGACAUUUAAGUUAUUGUUUUGUGUUGAGCACUAGAGCCAUCCUUAUUUUCUCAUUUGGUAAUUUCCUAAUUUAUGUGAUCAUUGUGGCCUUGGUUGCGUAUGCCAGUGCAGCUUUCUUUGGUUUAAAAAAUGUAACCGCGCCCCCUUUUACAUUGUUUAUUUUGAGCUGUUAAAAAUGUGUGAUAUGUCAGUUCUGCCCAUUUCAACUUAGAAAUGUGUAUAUUUCUGUGGCGCUUUAGUAAUGGGCACUGAGUAAUGAGAAAUAUUUAAGAGUGGUGUCAGUUUUUAUUUGUGAGAAUCAAGGUGUUAAAGAUAAAUGGUUAUUCUUGGUAUCCUCUGUAUUCUUUUGAGUCUAGAGGAACUUUAUAAUGAAAAACAUUUAAGAAUUUACUGUAAAAAAUAUAGUGUGCUUUCCUGUAUAUUAUUAAGCAGCCGUCUUUUUUAUCAACUACAAUACAUCGGUGGGAAAACAUUUCUCAUGAUAUCGGUCAUAUUGAAUAACUAUCCAAGUCCAUGAGCCCAAAACUCCUUUCUUAAAAACAAUUAACCUUUUCUGCUUCUGGUAGUUGAAACAAAGCCACAUAUUACAAUGUAACCCUUGAUCUAAAUGUGACUUGCAUAUUGUAUUAGGAGACAUGUGUGAUAAAUUGCUGCAUUUGUAUUGAUGUCAUAUUUACAGUAUGAGCCGAGCAGAAUUGUCUGAAAAGUCAAAUGUUCCUCCUCAGAAAAUGUAUUUAUUGAGUCAAGGAAAGUUAGAACAGUGAUAUUUCCUUAUAGGACAACUGUUUCCUGAAUAAAUAGCCCUUUUUAUUUGCAAAUGAA